AUGCCGUUCUUCAACGUUGAAGCUGCCAACGAAUACAGAAGAGGCAAUACACGUGUAUCGUACGUGAGCUAUGUGAAUGUGGAGGUGGACAGCUACAGAAUCACACUGCAGAAGAACAGAGUAGUUAAGGUCAAUGGACAAAUGGAGAACGUGCCGGUGACAGUGACACCAGGUUUACAUGUUGGACUAAGUGGCCGCUAUGUCAUGGUUUCCACUGGUUUUGGACUGCGAGUUAAAUUUGAUGGAGACCACAGAGUGGAGGUCACCCUGCCCAGUUCUUUCCAAGAGAAGGUUUGUGGAAUGUGCGGAAAUUAUAAUGGAGAUCAAGCAGAUGAUUUCCUGAAUCCAGAUGGAGAAAUGGAACCAGACUCUUCCAGCCUGGGCAACAGUUGGCAGGUUCACAAUCAGUCCAAUUGCUCAAGCGGUCCCGUAGUCUUACCAGAGUGCAGCGUAGAAGAGAAAGAAAUGAUUGAAAGCAAGAAUUACUGUGGUUUGAUCAUCGAUAAUAACGGGCCGUUCAAGAAAUGCCACUCUAAAGUAGCUCCAAGAGAUUACUUUGUGAAUUGUGUCUAUGACCUUUGUGAGCUCAACAUGGAUGUUGACGCCCUGUGUAAGAGCCUACAGUCCUAUGCAGAUAUGUGUCAAGCACACGGGGUCGAUAUACCACCUUGGCGGAACUCGACAUUUUGUUCCAUACCGUGCGGACCAAACAGCCACUAUGAGCCAUGCAGCACUGCAUGCCCUGCCUCCUGUGUUAAUCCAAACGCUCCCUCCACUUGUAAUCUGCCUUGCGUUGAAGGCUGUGUCUGUGACAGUGGGUAUCUUCUGUACAACGACAGAUGUGUGUCCAGUAUGCAAUGUGGAUGCUGGCAUGAUGGAAAGCAUUACCCUGCUGGAUCUGAGUUCUGGACCGAUGACACUUGUUCAACGAAAUGCACGUGCCCUUCCCGAGGUGGGAAGUUAACAUGUUCUGCGACCUCAUGUCCUAAGGACUAUUACUGCGGGAUUUCCAAUGGAGUGCCUGGCUGCUACCCGCAUACCUAUGGCAUCUGCAGGGUUCAUAAUGACCCUCACUACAACACAUUCGAUAAAGCUACCCAUCACUUCAUGGGCACCUGCACCUAUACAUUAGCCAAGCUCUGCACUAAUUCAUCCUCGCUCCCAUACUUCAACGUCGAAGCCAAGAAUGAAAAUCGGGGCCAUCCUUCCAUUUCCUAUGUGCAGCAAGUUCACGUAGAUGUUUACAAUCACAGAAUAUCCAUAGUGAGAGGGAACACUAGUAGAGUCUUGGUUGAUGGUGUUUGGAGGACUCUUCCUGUCACGCUACUUGGAGGGGCGAUAACUGCGGGCAGGAGUGGGAGAUAUGUAGUUUUGGGGACCGAUUUCAAGCUCACAGUUUCUUAUGAUACUGAUCACACUGUGGAAGUGAAAGUGCCCAGCUCUUAUUUCAAUGGGACUUGUGGCAUGUGUGGCAAUUACAACAAUCUAAGAGCAGACGAGUACAUGAAACCUGAUGGGUCACAAGCAAAAGAUAGUAAUGAGCUUGGAAACAGUUGGCAAGUUGAAGAUGGUGAUUCCAGCUGUAUGCCCAAUCCACCCCCAGACUUCUGUCUGCCAGAAGCAGAGGAGCUCUAUGAAAGUGACCGUUUCUGUGGUCUGAUCACUAAAAAGGAUGGCCCUUUUGCCAACUGUCUCUCUGUUGUUAAUCCGGAGAGCUUCUUUGAGAGCUGUGUUUUUGAUAUGUGUGCAUUAUCUGGAGCCCAGCAUUUGCUGUGUGAUGCUUUACAAGCAUAUGCAGAUGCCUGCCAGAGUGCUGGGGUGAACAUUCCACCAUGGAGAAAUACUACCUUCUGUCGUAAGCAAUUCCUCUUUACUUAA